UUCGAUUCGUGAUCCGUUACAAAAUUUUUGAACGUUCAAAAAAUUUUAUAUUCGAGAGACAAAAUCUCUGAGUUGUUCUCUUUUCUUUUCUAACGUCUAAUUCAUUUAUGGCGUUGAAAUCUUAUACAAAAGUUGAUUCAAUCACCGUUGAACGGACAAAGUAUGCAAUGCAAAUACAUAUCGAAAAUACAUUGUAAUGAACGAUGAAAACACAUGUUUCAUCCAAACACCAAACACCAUAAAUCAAAUUACCUACUUCAUCUGUUUUCCUACCCAACGGACUCCACUAAAUUACAAACGCUACUGUAAGUAUACUUGGGUGUAAUCCGUCGAUGUCAGGCUGAACUCUUCAUGAUUAUAAAUUACUAAGCAAAAGGCUGUUCUGAAUCACGAAAACAGAAUCAAUGAAGUCCCAGACUGGGACUCCCAGUGAGAUUUUUACUAUGAACUUAAAACAUAGCCUAAUCAUCAGGAAGAAACAAAGUCACAGUUGGUGAGAGACCGAUCUUGUUAAUAGACAACCAUGACAUAGAAACUAGAAAGAAAAGAAGAAAAGAGAGCUUUGGAACAAGAGACAAAGUAGACGAGAGACAGAGUUUCAAAGCAGGGAGGUUAUAGGAAACAGAGAAGAAGCUAAAGAUAAAAGAAACAAGAUAGAGAGCAGUUACUGGAGCAGAGAGGAUACAAGACAUAUGAGACGAGUUAUGAUCGCUGGCGUAACUGGACUAAAGAAAACAAAACUGGAGGGUGAACACUGAAGUUUGAAUCGAGUUGGUAUUUAUAUACACAAGAUCAAUCAAACAGAGAUGCUGAGGUUUAUCAUAUUUUUUUCCCUUUUUAUACACUCAUGUGUUGGGGCACCCAAGACUCCUGCUGCUCCCGCGGCUGUUCCUGCCAAGAAAUGGCUCACCCUUAACGGACAAGAGCCUGCGGUUGUGGCCAGAGGCGGUUUCUCGGGUCUUUUCCCGGAGUCAAGCGCCCCUGCAAACGACAUGGCUAUCAGUACCAGCUCGCCUGGACUCACAAUGUUGUGCAACCUUCAGAUGACUAAGGACGGUGUGGGUCUUUGCUUGUCAGAUAUCAGACUUGACAACUCAACCACCAUUUCUACGCUCUUCCCCAAAGCUCAGAAGACCUACAAGGUCAACGGUCAGGACCUCAAAGGCUGGUUUGUCAUUGAUUACGAUGCCGAUACCAUCUUCUCUAAUGUCUCUCUCGUUCAGAACAUCUUCUCUCGUCCCAGCAUCUUCGACGGCCAAAUGCCAGUGUCCGCCGUGGAGGACGUCCUCGGAACCAAGCCUCCCAAGUUCUGGUUGAGCGUUCAGUACGAUGCCUUCUACAUGGAACACAAGUUGAGCGCAGCGGAUUACCUGAGAAGCUUGCGAUUCCGCGGCAUUAAUGUCAUCUCAUCUCCGGAGAUCGGUUUCUUAAAGAGCAUAGGGAUGGACGCAGGCAGGGCCAAGACAAAGCUCAUAUUCGAGUUCAAAGACCCCGAGGCAAUUGAGCCCACCACCAACAAGAAGUACAGCGAGCUUCAACAGAACCUCGCAGCAAUCAAGGCCUUUGCUUCAGGCGUUCUUGUCCCCAAAGACUACAUUUGGCCUGUUGAUUCUGCCAAGUACCUUAAGCCGGCCACCACCUUUGUGGCUGAUGCCCACAAAGCCGGUCUAGAGGUCUAUGCUUCUGGAUUUGCCAAUGACAUGCGCACCAGCUUCAACUACAGCUUUGAUCCCUCCGCAGAGUAUCUACAGUUUGUGGACAAUGGCCAGUUCUCUGUUGAUGGCAUCAGCACCGAUUUCCCACCAACAGCAUCACAAGCCAUCGCUUGUUUUUCUCACCAAAAGAAAAAUCUCCCAAAAGUAGGGCAUGCGUUGGUUAUAACUCACAAUGGAGCAAGUGGAGACUAUGCAGGCUGCACUGAUCUGGCUUACGAGAAAGCAGUCAAUGAUGGAGCAGACGUGAUCGACUGCUCUGUCCAGAUGUCCAAAGACGGAAUCGCUUUCUGCCAUGAUUCUGCAGACCUCACAGCAAGUACCACCGCCAUGACUACUUUCAUGUCCCGAGCCACCAGCGUUCCUGAGAUCCAGCCUACCAACGGCAUCUUCUCUUUUGAUCUCACUUGGGCUGAGAUUCAGUCCGUGAAGCCACAAAUCGAGAGCCCCUUCACUGCCACGGGAUUCCUGAGAAACCCAGCAAACAAGAACGCCGGGAAGUUCAUGACUCUGGCUGACUUUCUUGAGUUCAGCAAAGCAAAGGCAGUCGCAGGAGUUUUGAUCAACAUUGAGAAUGCUGCUUAUUUAGCCUCAAAGAAAGGCUUGGGAGUUGUAGACGCAGUUAAGUCGGCUCUGACCAAUUCCACAUUCGACAAGCAAUCAACUCAGAAGGUUUUGAUUCAGUCAGAUGAUAGUUCAGUCCUGGCAAGUUUUGAGGCUGUCCCUCCGUACACCAGAGUCUUGAGCAUUGACAAAGAAAUCGGAGGUGCUCCCAAGCCAUCAGUCGAUGAAAUCAAGAAGCACGCAGAUGCUGUCAAUCUCAAGAGAACUUCCCUUGUCACCGUCUCCCAAAGCUUUGCCACUGGGAAAACUAAUGUGGUGGAGGAAAUGCACAAAGGGAAUAUCUCUGUUUACGUUUCCGUGCUAAGGAAUGAGUACAUCUCUGUAACAUUCGACUACUUCUCUGACCCUACGGUUGAGCUUGCCACAUUCAUUGCAGGGAGUGGCGUUGAUGGAGUCAUCACGGAGUUCCCUGCCACCGCUACCAGAUACUUAAGGAGUCCAUGCUCAGAUUUAAACAAAGACCAACCCUAUGCCAUCUUACCAGCAGAAGCCGGGGCUCUACUCGCCGUGGCAGACAAGGAAGCACAACCACCGGCUAGUGCCCCGAGCCCACCUCUUGAUGCCAAAGACGUGAUUGAUCCGCCUUUGCCUCCAGUUGUAAACUUGGCAGCCUCCAAUGCAACUGGAGGUGCUCAGCCACAUCCCCCUCCUCCUUCAGGCACUGUUGCCAUCACUGCUAAUCUCGGCCUUUCCUUGCUGGCAAUGCUGGCCUUGGGAGUCCUCUGUGUUGCCUAAAUUAAGAUUGAUGCAACAGUUUGUAAUAUGAAAUCUUCUCGUUGAGACACUUAUACUAUAUGUCAUUUUAUCUUACGUUACUACAAUUACACACACAUAUACAUAUACACACACACAUAUGCACACUACGGUCAAAGCUCUAAAAAAGCCU